GCUGCCCGCCUCUGAAAGAGGGUGUGUUUGGGCAAACUGUCCUCCAAACGGCCAAUCAACAUUACAUCGCUAAUCGACAGCAUUGCUAGCUAAGUAAUGGACAGACCAUUUGGAUAUAUAGGGUUUUGACUUCUGAAGUUAGAGAAUGGACAUAGCUGCUACGCGUUUCAUACUCUGAUGUGUCAUGAUGUGUUUGUUAUGUCGAUACGUGUUGCUGUCAUAUAAUGUGACGAAGUUGUCAUAAAAUUGAACAACUAUUUAGACAGAGGGACACGCAUUCUGGAGGGCAAUAGCAAAUCUGGAUGGACUACUGAGGACCGUCUAAACCUGUGACUUUACGAGACUCGUAACUGAUCAGAGCUCAUUGAUUCUGUCAGAGAUGCAGACGUUCGUGAAAGGAAAGAGAGUUGGAUACUGGCUCAGCGAGAAGAAGAUAAAAAAACUCGGUUUCCAGAUCUUCGUGGAUUUGUGCAGGAAACAAGGCAUAGAGAUGAUCCAGCUGGAUCUGAGCCAGCCAAUAGAGAAGCAGGGACCAUUUGAUGUCAUCAUCCACAAGCUGACCGACCACAUUGUUGAUGCUGACCAGAAUGUCACAGAGUCGAUGCUACUUGUUCAGGGUGUUCAGGACUACAUAGAUGCUCACCCUGAAACAGUGAUUCUGGACCCUCUUCCAGCCAUUCGUACCCUGCUGGACCGCUGCAAGUCAUACACUCUAAUCCAUAAACUUGAAGACUGCAUGCAAGAUGACAGAAUCUGCUCACCUCCGUUCAUAGUUCUCAAGAGUGAAUGUGGCACUGAGACUCUGGAGCAACUCCGCAAACAUGGAAUCACAUUUCCUUUCAUCUGCAAAACCCAGGUAGCUCAUGGCAUUAACUCCCAUGAGAUGGCCAUCAUAUUUAGUGAGGAAGAUCUGAAAGACAUAAAGCCCCCAUGUGUCCUCCAGAGCUUUAUCAACCAUAAUGCAGUGCUGUAUAAGGUGUUUGUAGUGGGAGAGGCUUACAGCGUGGUACAUCGGCCCUCCAUAAGGAACUUCCCAUCAGGACCCACAGACAGGAGAGCAAUAUCUUUUAACAGUCAUCAUGUGUCCAAACCAGAGUCCUCGUCUCACCUGACCUUCAGGGACAACAUGGAUGGCCAGAACUGGGCACCCAGAAAUGAUGUCAUUCAGAAGAUUUCCAGAAGGUUACGACAGGCCCUCGGUAUUUCUCUGUUCGGAAUUGACAUCAUUAUCAACAACCAGACCGGCCAGCAUGCCGUCAUCGAUAUCAACGCAUUCCCAGGUUACGAGGGAGUGCCCGAGUUUUUCAAUGACCUGUUGAGUCAUCUCACCAGCGUCCUGCAAGGUCAGGCAUCUAUCGGAGUGGCAUGCGGUCACAUGAGAGUGAACGGGAUGGCGCAGAGCCCGUCAGUUGCCUGCGGGAUGCACUGUGGCUUGCUGGGAAAUGAAAGCAGUUGGUUGAUGGACAGCGAGGGGAUAAAGAAGGCUCCCCAUCAAGGACUGAGUUGCGGCGGCGCUUGCAUGGCUCCAAACUUUCACCAGCAUGGCAGGUCCAGUUUAGCAGCGGAGACGUCUUCGCAGUGACACGCAAUAUGAAUAUUUCAUUACUUUUCACAUACCAAAUAAACCCUUAUUAAAGGGUAGGUGUAGUAUAGAAAAGUCAUUUGUGCCAAAUGUGAAUUGUGUUGGAAAUGAUUAAAUGUGUAUUGAUUGUCUUCUCAUUUAUUUAAUGUUUGAAAUGGGCAACCUGAUCCUCAAAAUGUAUGUGAUGAUUUUUUUUUUAUGAAUGUUGCACUGAACAUGAUUUUUCAGGAAAAAAAGGCUUUGUGGAGGAAUUGAAAAUAUUAUUAAUGUUAAUAUAAUAAUGAGAUACUUGAAAGGAAAAUAUGUGUCAUGAUUUGGGUGUAAGGCAUUGCACUAUUUAAAUAAGUGUCCAGCUGGCACUAAGGCCUCUCUUCUUGAGUAUAUGUUAAAUUCUGGCCCAUUAAGAAAGCUUGAAGUCCAUUAGUGCUCUAAUCUGCUGGCAGGUCAUCUGUUAAAAGGCAGCAGGAGAAUUUCUGCCUGUUUUCAAGGUAGACUCAAGGUAAAAUUUUUAAGGAUAAUCAUUUUACAUCUAGAGGGCCCUGUGUGGGGGUUAUGCAUUGAUUGCAAAAAGAAAACAUACAAACUCACCCCAAAAUGAAAAUUCUUUUAUGAAUUUAUUUCAAACCUGUAUGACUUUCUUUCUUCUGUGGAACAUAUUUCAACUGUUUUGGUUCACACAGUGAAAGUGAGUGGGGUUCAAAACAACACUGAAACUUUCCCUGAACAACACUAUCAUUGUAUGGACAAAAUACCCCCCGAAAAAAAAAAAAGGAUAAUAAUAAUAAUAUUAUAUCACAUUGAUAAAUAAUGACAGUUUAUUAUUGGCUGAAAUGUCCCUUCAAAAUUAUUGACAAAUUAAAUUAGCUAUUUUGACCUUUUACGUUUGUUGGUCUGUUUUGUGCCCCAUCGAAUUGUGUUGUAUUUGUACAUGAUGUAUACUUUGUAAAUAUGUCAAUUAUUUUCAUCUCUUUUUUUUAACAAAAAAAAAGAGCCUCUGAAAUAACAUAAAACAAUUCAAUGGGAAAUAAAACCAAACUUAACCAUUAGGAAUGAUUUGA